AAAAGUGACUGUGGAGCUUUGUCAUACUGGCAGAGUGCUGCAGAGAGGGACCCUUUCUACAGUGCUGUGGCAUUUUAUAAUCAAGCUUACAUCAUAAUCAACCUGCAAAAGAGCAACUACCUCUCAGAAGCAAAACAGUUUCUGAAGAAGGCAAGCGUAGGAGUGGACGUGUACUUAUCAGAAACAGCAAACACUAUGGCUUUUUGCAAUCUGUCAGUGACAAAAGAUUUUGUGUCUCACCACAAAGACUGCAACCUCCAGAGUCAAAUGAAUGCCCGCAUGAACGCUUUUAGAACUUGGAAAUCCCACAUGGAAAAUGCUUUGAAAAUUCUGGAGGAGCUGGAAAGAAGCAAAGGUCAGGCAAUAGUGGAGGAGUCGAGUGUCUACAGUCUGACCAAAAACAAAGAUUUCAUCAGCACUCAAGAGUUGAUGGUCCUUGAUGAGUUCGGCCUCUGCAUUGUGUUUGAUGUGAAGAAGAAACCAGAGUUCUCCUAUGAUGCUUUUGUUUGCUUCUGUCUCGGUGUGCUCCAGGUGGCAGCAGGUGUUCUGGUUUUAACUCUGUCACAAGGGGCGGCUAGUCAGUUUGGAUUUGGGCUGAUCAGUGAGGGGGUGUCAGACAUGAUUCAAGGGAUCAAAGGCAUGAUCCAAGGAGGCUUUGACUGGGCAGAGUGGGCAGUUUCCAAGGCCAUCAGUAUUGGAGUGUCCCUGGUGUUUGGGGGUCUUGGGCGACUUAAGAAUGCUGCUGGUGCCAUGCGCAGCGGGGCUAAAGGUCUUGUUUCUGGAGCCAAACAUGCCUCUGGAUUCACAGUGAAACAGUGUUUUAAACAAGCAACAAAAUACACUGCCCAGGAGCUGGUCAAGCAAGGCAGCAUCAAUGUUCUGAGCUAUGUUGCUGACGCAGCACUUACAGCUUUAUUCAAAAAGAUCCUUAAAAAGGCUUUUAUGAAUAAGACCAUUUCUCUAGUGAGAGCCAAUGUUCACCUGAAUAAUGCUCUCACUAGCUUCGUCUGCUCUGCAGUCCCAAAGACUGCCAUGGACCACGAGCUCAGUGACUUCACAAUAGAAAGAGAAUGUGAGGAACAAAUACGCCAGUCAGUGGAUGUAUUGACGAGAAGCAUAAUUCCUGACCUCAUGAUGGACUGUACCAGGAUUACUAAGGUUCUCAAUACCCUUUCAGAGGUCUGUGGUUCUGUAAGACAUCACAUGGAGAACCAAAAGAAAGUUAAAAACGUGAUGGUGAUUUUGAACACAGCUCAAUAUAUAACAAUGUUUGUAGAAAUGCUCAGCUCCUUUCCCACUGAGGAUGUCAUCAACACCAAAUUUGUGCCUCAGUUCCUACACAGUAUGAAGGAUCUACCACAUAAUGACUAUGAUCAGGAUGAAUGGGACCAUUUAUCAGAUGUGAGGCGACUCAAAGAUGAACUCAUCAGCCUCAUCGCACUAAGUGUAUCUGAUGCCUUGGUUGAGGCUUGUAGCAGACACAUGACCUCCCUGGUGACCAAAAGCUGUAUGACUGCAGUAAACCGUGUAGCUGGUUCUGCUGUUAGCAAUUUAUUUGGCAGGACCGACACCCAGAGUUUCUUUGACUCACAACACCACAAAUAUCAGCUGAACAAAGCCAUCCAGCACCCUUCAACACUUCAGACUGACAAAAAGACCUGUGAUCAUUAUGCAGAGGAAGUCGGUAAUGUUAACCGCCCCGCUACAGCUCUGGACAUCCAUGUGCUCACUGAGAGUGACGAUCUGCAAGGCAAAGGCAUCAGAGUGAUUGUGGUGGACAAGCAUGGCAAAAAGCUUUCAGAAGAUUAUUAUCCAGGAAAAAACAGCUCUGCUGGAGACAUCAAGCUUCGACUGAAAAAGAUGCCUGAAAAUCAACAUCAGAAUGAGGAAUUUGCCUCAAAGGUGAAGAAAAGGAUCUGUGGCGAGCAGAGCCUCUACAGUGGACAUUUUGAAGUUCUGGGUCCACAUGAUUCUGUGAUACCGGUCCAUUCAGAGAACCAGGAGUGCCUGUAUCAUGCUGUUGCCCAGGCCAUCCGACCAGACUGCAAAGACCUCCGACAGGAGGGGCUGAACCUUCGAGGCAAAGUCCAGGCCACUCUUCAGCAGAACCCGUCCAGAUACACGGCUGCUGUGAAGCUGCAGAAAGGCUAUGAAGAGACAUCUGCACUGUCCUCAAAAUAUGCCAUUGUGGGAGGAGGACGUAAGGAGCAGGAGGAGGCCAAACGACAGCUAAUGGACAUGAUCAACACAAGAGACGUGAAUUUAACUGAGGAGGACAUCAACCUCAUCAAAACGUACAACCUCGGUCUGGUCGGGAAGUUCCAUGACAUCAAAGGUGUCCGGAGGACCAGAGGCUCCACCUCCAACCAGAACAGCAGUUCUCCUGUGAACGCAGAUCACAUCCCCCCCAUCAACACCUUCCAAACAGCUCACAGAGAAUUGAUGAAACCCGAAAACAAAGAGCUGAAAGAGAAGCUGCAAAAGUACCACCCAAGACUUUAUGAGAUGAUAGAUGUAAAGGGGAACCAGGGGCUGUGCAGAGAAGUUCUCACCCAGGACCACCUGCAGGUCCUGACCACCGGAAACAGCAAAGAGGCUCAGAGAGUCAGGGAGAAGCUUGCUGACGUUCUUCUUCAAGGGGAUAAAGUCAAACUGUUGAAGAUGUCACUGAUCGUAUCCAAUCCUGAGAUGUCAGAGAAACUAAGGAAGGAUGCAGACAUCCGGACCUCUAAACGCAGGCAGAACAUUUUGUCCAGGGAAGCCACCAGAACAUACCACGACACUGGAGGACAGCUGUUAGUGCAGGGAUACCAGAAGAUGGGGCUGUUAGGGCAGGAGGAGGGGGACAGACUCCAGCAGUGGCAGAAAGAUCACCUCUACUCCAGGAAGUCAUCGGAAUAUAAAGAACUUCUGAAAGCGCUUAAACCGAAAACAUUUGAUCAAAACCUCUGAAGCCUGCAGACAGCUCUGCAGGACAGUACUAACAUGUAUCUACAGCUACGAAGUUAGCAGCAUAUCACUACACAUAUUGGACUAACCCACAGCUUUGUGUGUGUGUGCACUUUCACCCUUUGAUGUCGCUGACACUGACUGUACAUGAGAACUGGACUGAGUGACCCCUCCCUCUGGCGUUCCUAACAGGAAGUACCCACUGGUUCCAAGAAGCCAAAAUCCCAUAGACUUUAAUACAGAAGUAAACAGCUGUUACUCAU